CACAUACCACAUGUGGGACGCAUGCCACACUUUGCGAAUUGCUAGUUGAGAAUAGAUUCAAAUCAUCGAUCUGUUGGUGUUGUCGAUGUCAUAUGUCUUUGAUGAUAUUUGACAAAGAUUGAAAGAGCUUAUUUUCUUUCAAUAAACACUGUAUACAUCUAAGUCGUCACUUCCAAAGAAUUAAGACUGCUGACAUGAUUAGAGAGGCGCUACUGCAAGCAGGACUUGAGGUUGCCGCAGUGAGGAGCUUCACCGGCGCCUGUCAGCCAUACUUUAACUUCCUGGAAUCCACAGCCAGAACCAUGCAGCUUCCCCCUGAAAUGUAUGUACAGUUGAUGGAGUUCUCUCAGCAGAUGUGUGACACAUUGGAACAUCUGAUUCUGACCUUCGCCAGCACCAAUCUCCUCACUUUGGACGAGUCAGAGCCUAACAACAUGUCUCACUUCUGCAUCGGCCAAAUACGGCUAGACCAGCUGAGGCUGAGCGUGACCAUGUUCCGCUACUGUAAGCCCACGCCGUACCUGGCCAGGGUCAACACCGGCGUGUUUAAGCGCAUGCGCUGGAACGUGAGGGGACUCGAUGGAGAGAGCAAGCCUGAGACACAGUAUUACUACUUGUGCUACGAGGAUACUCCCAACCUGUACACGGACGGUGACGACCCAGAUUCGGCAAUGGUGCGGCUGUGGUCCAUUGGUCAGUGGGUGCAGGUGAAGCCUGACCCCAACACAGAGGACAUCUUUGACUGGGUGCUUUGUGACGUUCCCGAGGGGGCCUUCCAGAAGCUGCUGUUUAUGGGCAGCCAAGAGCCAUCAAGCUGCACGGCCACAGACCACCUGCUGCAGCUGCUUCUUCAUCAGGCAUCUCACUUCAGAGCUCCUCUGAGGUUCUAAGGACGGAAUUGCUCUGUUGUAAAUAAGGAAAAGGUUUGAUCAAGUAGGUUUCAGGGUCGGGUGACAGGACUUAAAAAAGGGUGUGGUAGGGGGGCGUUGGCAUUUGUCGGGAAGUUUCCUCACUCGUUUAUUAAAAGAUAUUUACAUUAGAUCAUAUUUUGAGUUUUCCUCUUUGAGUAAAAUAAUUCAUUUAUAGGCACCUUUCAAGCCACGCAAGGUCUUCGUGAAAACAUAGUUGAAAGCAAUCAAGCUAUACAAUAGAAAUAACAGAACAUAAAACAAAACGGCAAAUGAUAUGGGAAAUGACAAUCAAUGAUAAUCAAGAUAGGAGUGGAAAAACAAAAUCAACAAUAUAUUCACAGCUCUUGAUUUGUAUUUUUUGCUCUUGGAAAU